AUGAUAGGUUCUCUACUCUACUUGAAAGCAAGCAGACCUGAUAUUGUGUACAGUGUGGAGCUAUACGAAAGGUUCCAAUCUAGUCCUAAAGAAUCACAUUUGAAGGCCGUCAAAAGAAUUUUAAGAUAUCUCAAGGGGACUCAAGACCUGGUUCUUUGGUACCCAACUGGAGACUCGUUCGAAGUGGUUGGUUAUGCAUGUUCUGAAUAUGCUGGAUACCUGGCGGACAAGAAAAGUACGUAUGGAAUGGCCCACUUUCUAGGAUCAUGCCUACUUUCAUGGGCAUCGAAGAAACAAAAUUCUGUAGCCUUAUCAACUGCUGAGGCUGAGUAUGUGGUUGUUGCAUCAUGUUGUGCUCAGUUGUUAUGA